AAGAAAUUGACCAAUUAUAAUCGAAUAUGAGAAGAAUAAUCGAAUAUAAUUGGUUAAUUCCUUAUGGCAUAAGGCUUACUACACUAUUGUAAAUCCGAGCUAAAGAGUUCAAGCAACACGACAGAUCAGAGAGCUUCCUCAAAAGGCGGAAGUCAUGCCGCUCAGACGGAAGUGGUGGCCACGGCCGCGGGCCGAAGCGGAUGUCAUCGCCCAAGAGAGAAUAAUGGCGUCCGCGGCGAACGUACGAUCAGCACGAUAUUCUCGCGGUUUGUCUGUUACUCCGCGAGUUGCAUGCUGAAACGACCGGUUUGCACUCAGCUUUCACUACUUUCCGUUUUCGCUACUUCUUCUGUAGAGUACGAUGGAUCGCGUCUGCCCGUAAACGAAGAUCGAGAACGAGAUACGAUACGAUUCGCGAAAGCGUGCCAAGGCGACCGAACUGGUGAUUGUGAUCCUUUAGAAUGGAUUUAUCAACUGCUCAUGGAGCUGUCAUCGACAUGAAAUAUGUCUGACCCUUAUUGUCCGUUUAAACUGGACGUUUAAUUGAAAUUUAUUUCCUGUAUUUAUAUUCUGUCAUAAUGUCUGGUAAUACUCAAUUUGCAAAUCCACCACCAACUGUAAGCUUACCCAACAUGUCUGUGCCGCCACCCACAACUCCGAACUUGUCGGCGCCACCACCAAAUUUAACCACUAUAAAUACAUCAGGAAGCUAUCAACAUCGAUAUGCAAAUCAUAGAGAAGGUAGUCGUGGUUUUUUCAAACCAUUCAGACCUUAUCACGCUCCAAAAAUUGUUGCUGGGGGACAAGAUACUUUGCAAGAUGAAUUUGAUGGGAAGAGGCUCAGGAAAUCUGUUAUGCGAAAGACUGUCGAUUACAACUCCGCUAUCAUCAAAAGCUUAGAAAAUCGAGUAUGGCAGCGGGACUAUAGAGAUCGCCGUGCGCUUCAGCCAGAUGUAAUAUAUUAUCCCGAUUUACUCCCUCCACCAAGUUAUAUUGACAAUCCAAUAAAUGCAGUUACCACAAGGUUCGUUAAAACGGCUACCAAUAAAAUGCGUUGUCCAAUUUUUUGUAUGGCUUGGACACCAGAGGGUAGACGUCUUGUCACUGGCGCUUCGAGUGGAGAAUUUACUUUGUGGAAUGGCCUUACUUUCAAUUUUGAAACUAUUCUGCAGGCACAUGACAGCCCAGUCAGGACAAUGGUAUGGUCACACAACGAAAGCUGGAUGGUAACAGGGGAUCACGCGGGUUACGUGAAAUAUUGGCAGAGCAACAUGAACAAUGUCAAGAUGUUUCAAGCGCACAAAGAAGCGAUUAGAGGACUCAGUUUCAGUCCAACGGAUCACAAAUUGGCUACUUGCAGUGAUGACGGAACUGUUAGAAUUUGGGACUUUCUUCGCUGUCAUGAGGAACGUAUUCUCAGGGGUCAUGGUGCGGAUGUCAAGUGUGUGCAUUGGCAUCCACAAAAGAGUCUAGUCAUUUCUGGCAGCAAAGACAAUCAGCAACCAGUAAAACUUUGGGAUCCAAAAACUGGACAAUCUCUGGCGACUUUGCAUGCACAUAAGUCCACUGUGAUGGAUGUCAAGUGGAAUGAGAAUGGUAACUGGUUGGUAACUGCAUCAAGAGAUCAUCUUUUGAAACUUUUUGACCUCAGAAAUCUUAGUCAAGAAGUUCAAACUUUCCGUGGCCACAAAAAAGAAGCGUCUAGCGUCGCAUGGCAUCCAAGUCACGAAGGCCUCUUUUGUAGUGGAGGUAGCGAUGGCGCCAUACUCUUCUGGCAUGUUGGAGCAGACAAGGAAGUGGGAGCAAUAGAACAAGCGCACGAUAGCAUAGUUUGGACAUUAGCUUGGCAUCCACUGGGACAUAUUUUGUGUUCUGGUAGUAAUGAUCACACAUCUAAGUUUUGGACGCGUAAUAGACCCGGUGACCUGAUGAGAGACAAGUACAAUCUCAAUACAUUACCGGCAGGUUCAGCCGGUAUCGAUGAUCAUGAAAUUGCUGAUGAAGCAGCAGUGAUACCUGGAAUGGGUCCAGAGGAUAGAAUUAAUGCAGAUUGUGAAUCUGAAGACAAAAAUGGCGGAAUCCCUGGUCUGGAUUUAGAUCAUGCAGUGGACGAGGGCAAGAAAUUCGCCAACAAAAAAGUUCCGUACAGUAAACCGAUCCCGCGAAAUUUCCAAGCACAGUGGAACGAGAUGGAAGCCGAGGAUAUCGAGCAAGUUGAAGCACUUAAUGCGUUUGUCAAUCAAUUAAUAGAGACAACGCCAGGUGCCGUGCCACUAAGCGAAGUUACGCCUAAUGCUAUUAUAUUAUAUGGGAAAAUGAUUCCUGUAGAAUCUGGCUCCAAACUGGCAGAGGCAAUCAGUAAAGGGACCGAUGCGAUAAAUAAGUUGGUAUUCUCUGGUGAAAUAGAAGAACUACGGGAUGUGGUAGGUCCACCGGACAACGCGGACGAAGCUGAGGAGUAUCUGCAUGACGAUGGCGAGAUCGAUUAUUCUAAAGUACCCGAUGUAGAUUUGCCGCCACCCUUGCCCAGUUCGAAAUUUGCGCAGAAUCCGGAGCUAUUAAAAUCGCUAAAUCGCGGUGGCAAGCGCAAGUUUGAUCAGCUGAUUGGCUGGAGUGAUGGUGGAGCUAGCGAUCGCAUAUCCAAGAUGCAUCAACCAGUUUUUGGCGGUAUGAUUACAGAGGACUCCCAGUCAAGCGAUACCGAUCUGAGAUUCGGCAUUGGCAAAUCGAAUCCUCUCGCCGCGGAAAACAACUUCCAUAGCGGUCAGGAAGAUCACAGAAGGAGCGGUUUUCACGUUGAUUCAACGAGGAGUGGCAACCGCAAUGAUGAAGAUCUCAGGUUCAACAUCGCUGGCGGUCCUGGCAGACCUGGCUUACAUAGCGAAUACGAUUCACGUGGCAAUAGUUUCGUAGACAAAGAUUUUCGUAACAUUGGCAGUUUCUUGUCAUCUAAGACUUUGGAUGACGAUGAUUAUGACGACCGAGAACAUGAUAACGUCGGCGAUCGUUGGGACGACGAGAAAGCCGAUGGCGCGCGUUGCAAAUUGGACGGCACGUUCGCUGGCAACACUUUCGACAAGCGCGACAACGGUAUAGCGAUGGGUCCUGGUGGCAUGGGUAACAAUAUGCACGGCCAUAUGGGUGGUAUGCCUCAUCUAUCGAAUCAUCAUAAUAUGCAAAACAUUAAUCCUAACAUGCCGCCGCCGAUACCGAGCUUGGUAUCACAUCCCAAUAUGUCACAACAUCCUGGUAUGCAAAAUAAACCGCCGCAUCCUGGAAUGUCUGGCAUAGAUGGUCCGAUGGCACCACAUAUAAUGCCACACCAUCCGAAUAUGCACCCGGGUUUUGGACCAAAUGGACCACCGCCCGGUGGUUUUGGACCCAAUUUCCGACCACCAUCAAACGGCAAUUUUGGUCCGAAUCAUUUUAGACCGAGUCCGAUGUUACCAUUUGGACCGAAUCAAGGUCCACCGCCGUUCGGCAACAGUUUUCAAGGACCGCCUAAUUUCCGCGGACCAAACGUCGCCCCCAUCAACUUUGAUCGACCGGGCUUCGGAUCCAAUUUCCGCGGCCAAAAUCCACAGGGUCAAUUGAAUAAUUUCAACUCCAACUUUGGCAACUUUGGCAAAAACGGUCCUAAUCGCGGCAUGAGUCGUGGCGGUGGCGAAAAUAUGGGUAGGAGUGGCUACAGUAAUCGAGGUAGAGGACGUGACAACGAUCAAUCGAGAGGAGGGAGGACAAGAGACAAUUAUUGAAGAGAUUUCUCAGAACAAUGUGUGUGAUUAUCGACAAGGUUCUUAUGCCUUGAUAUAAACGGUCUUGCAUGAACUGAAUUGAAGUGAAACUUUGGCUCAGUAUAUAAAAUAAUAUACUAGCGUGAUGAUCACGAACUCUUUUACCCACGUGUGCGAAAAUACCCUCCAUUCAUAUUAUACAUAUAUACAUAUACAUACAUACAUAUAUAUAUAUAUAUAUAUAUAUAUAUAUAUAUAUAUAUAUAAUAUAUUGUGGAAAAAAUUAGUUUUCUUUUUUUCACGAUUUGCCCAAUGAGCUAGUGAUUGGAUGCUUUACGCUAGCUGUCUACGUGGGUCGAUUAUAUACGAGGAUGAUUAAUUAAUCUUUUUUUUUAGGGGGGGAGAGAGAGGGAGAGAGAGAGAGAGAGAGAGAGAGAGAACAAAUCGCUAAUUCAGAUUUGAAUUUAUUCUGAAUUCAGUUGAUUUAUGUCGUGCACAAUAUAAACAGCUUUUUUUCAAGAUAAACGAAAUUGUAAUAUAAUGCAUUAGAGAUCGACGACACGAAUAUUAUUCCGACAGAAACUGUUCACAAGCUGCCUUGCGAGGAAAUUCUUGUUCUGUACGUGGAGUUCGACAAAUGCGCAUUAAUCGCGUCACACGAUGCAUAAUCCUGGAAGAGAUUAAACACUAAUGUAUGAUUGAUUUUGUGUCCGCUGUUUGUCGUCCAUAGCAUGUGAGAGUGCCGGAACAGUUUAUCAUUAUUAAUAAAACGAAAUAACAUAAAGCAUCCUUCGUUUCUGCCCUAUUUUCGCACUAUAUGUAUAUACUAUAUGAUAAACAAGUAAGCUCAAUUGAAAUAACCGUGACAUAAAGGAAUAAAAAAUCAAAAGAAAUUACUUUUUAAAUAGUAUGUUAUUGAACUUGAAGUACAAGGUGUGAGCAAAAUUUAUAUGUAUGUUUCAUAUUUUUAAUUUUGAUUAUAAAGUUGUCCAUUUUUAAGACUUAUUUUAUUAAAUUGCCAACUUAUUCCAUGUUACCAAUUUAAAAGCUUACACAUGUAUG